AUGCUUCUCGACGAAGACCCCGCCGCCCUAAUCGCGCAAUGCACCUCGCACUUCAAAAUCGCCAACGACACCGCCUCCCUAUCCCGAAUCUCCGACUCCCUCUCCACGCUCUCCACCUUCCGCUCGCAGCACCUCGGCACCCUAAAAUCCUCGCUCCAAUCCACGCAGCGCACCCACCAAACCCUCGCCGCAAACCACAACCACACCCUCUCGCAGCACAACCCAACGAAUCACGCGGCCGAGAUCCUGCGCCUCGAUACGGAGAAGUUCAAGAUUGCGAAGCAGGCGAGCGACUUGGAUAUUGAGGGGGAGAGGUUGGCGCAGGAGAUGGGGCGGCUGGGGGGAGUGGCGGCGGAGUUGGAGGGGGAGGGGGUUGAGGGGGGGAGGGAGAGGGCGGAGGGCGAGGAUGCUACUGUACUUAAACUCAGACUCUACCGCACGCUUGGUAUCGAUGUCGAGGCUGAUCCGACGACGGGCACGUACAACAAGGCCGUUAUUCGCAAUGCGUCAAAGGGCGAUGUGCAUGUUGUCAACAUCGAUCCCAAGUUCUCGCGCCACUUUUAUACGAAUUACUUUUGGCGGACGAUGUGA